AUGAAACUGUUAAUUUUCAUUCUAUUAGUAUUUGGUGUUGAUAUAUGGCAGACUAUAAUCAAUGUAAGCCUUCAAAGUUCAUUUGUAACUUAUAUAACUUCACAACAGUUGGUUAGCAAUAUACCUAAUCAAAGUGUAUACUAUAGAUAUCACAUACCAACAGAUUAUAACUAUUUGAUGAAAUCGAAACGAUUUGAACCCAUAAUAUUAACAUCAUGUAUUCAUUAUAAAUUAGCUAGUCGUACUCCUAAAUAUACCUUGAUUUUUUUUAUGGGAGCCGUUGAUAGAUGUUACUGUCAGAUAUUCUCACAAGGUCUAUUUGUAAAGUAUUUAAAUCAUAUAAGUAGUUAUUAUGGAACUGAAGUAGCUGAAGAUACUCAGAUUAUUGUCCCAGAUUGGUAUGGAGCUUAUACUAGCAAGAUGAGUAACUCAGAGGAGGCUUUACGUUUAGGAGCACUUUGGUUUCUACAGCCAACAAAAGACUAUUUAUUUACUCCAGUAUUGAGUUCUGUAGCCUAUAUUAACAGAUUAUAUAGAAUUGGUGAAAUUCCAUCUCUUGAUAAUACGGGCAUUUAUGGAAUUUGUAUCGGUGGUACUAUAGCUUUAAUCACAAGUCUUUCCUUGAAAUAUCCUGUCAAAGCUGUAGCUAUAAAUAAUUCUCCAUUUAUGAAAUAUAAUUAUAUUCGCAAAAAUUUCUUGCAAAAAUCCGUUAUACAUCAAACAAAAGUCCUAAUUAUUCAUGGAUAUAAAAAUAUAAUAUUUAAUAUCAUGCACUCUUAUAGACUAUCCAAAUUUCUUACAAAACAUGGAAUACAAAACUACAGAGUACUUAAUAAAUUUGGGCACUUAGAUAAUCUUAGAUAUUAUUGUUUCAUUGCUUUUAGAUUCCUCAUAUCAGUAAUUUUAAAUAAAGAUUAUAAAUAUGAUUUAGCAGUAACUCCAAAGUAUGAAUAUACUCAUUAUUUAAAUUAUACAAAGUGGGUGAAUGUAUUGGAAGUUAUGCAAACCUGA